ACGCCAUUUGUUCACUCUUUCAGGCCGUCUUUAUCGUUUCCCGCCAUUGAUGAGAUAGCGAGGGCUGAAGAAAUGGAAACAUCUCCCUCUCCAUCUCCCAGCGAAGAAGCCCUAAAUCUACUCCGAAGCAGAAUAUGUGACCCUCUUUCCUUUUUCUCUCUUCUUUGCCCCUCUUCCGAUUCCAAUCACAGCAAAUUGAAGUUUUUAAUAUCUAGUUCAGUUACUGAGGCAGUAAAUAACUCCGUCUUGCUUCUUGGUCCUCGUGGUUGCGGGAAAAACGCGGUGUUGGAGCUUGUUCUUAAGGAAUUAUUGGCUGAAUAUCCGGAUCUGAUUUCUGUGAUUAGAUUGAAUGGGCUUUUGCAUAGUGAUGAUGGUUGUGCCCUCAAGGAAAUUGCCAGGCAGCUAUGUGUCGAGCAUCAAUUAUCAUUCACCAAAAUGGCAUCUUUUGACGACAACACUCAAUUUCUAAUUGACAUGUUACGUGAGUGUGGCUUGGCACAUAAGACAAUUGUUUUUGUUUUGGAUGAGUUCGAUCUAUAUGCUCAGGGUAAACAACGGUUACUUUAUAGCUUGUUGGAUGCAAUGCAAUCUGUGACAUCACAAGCGGUUGUAAUCGGCAUAAGCUGUCGACUGGAUGCGGACCAGCUUUUAGAAAAAAGAGUUAGGUCCCGCUUCUCACAUAGAAAGCUUUUGUUUUGUCCUCCCUCAAAGGAUGAAUUGGAGAGGUUGCUGGAGUGUGUAUUAUCCUUGCCAGUAAUUUCAAGCCUUCCGCAGAGCUAUGUUGUAGAGUUUAACAAAAGGAUUCGUAGCUUGUUGGCAGACAAGAGAUUCAAAGACACCAUAAAUACAUUGCUGAGUGCAGAUUCAACAGUUGACCAGAUUUUGAGAUUCUUGUUUUUAUCUAUCUCCUCUAUGGACUUGAAGACAGGCAUGCUGUCAGUUGAGAACUUUAAGAUGGCUCUUAUGAGGGUUAAUAGACAAACAAAGCUUGAAUAUCUUAAAGAUUGCUCCGUCUUAGAACUUUACUUAUUGGUUUGCAUGAAACGGCUGGAAGCUAGAGAGAAAAUUUCAUACAACUUCAACUCGGUCAUGAAAGAAUACAAAGCUAUACACGAUUCAUUCCAGACCCCUGAUUAUUAUGCAAGGGCUGUUUGCUUAAGGGCACUUGAGCAUCUCAUCCAGUGUGAAAUAGUCUGCUUCAUGGACAAUAGGGGGUGCAACCAGCCCAUUGAAUUUCGUUCUGUGAAGUUACUAAUUUCACCAUAUGAGCUCCAUCAGGGAUUGAAACUCAAUCAAAGUUGCCCAAGCAUUCUUCAGAAAUUGAUGGAUCAGACCGGUACAAAACUUUGAUAGCCAUAUUAGAUGUACCAAGUUCCAAAAAUAUCAGGGACAGAGCAAAAUAGGAAUGGAAUUAGCUCUACAAAUUUCGGUUGAAUGAUGUUUCAGACACUUUGCCCCUUUCUGAACUUUUCUUGUUUCCUUCAAACUUUUCUCACUUCUCAGGAUUAUCAAAGUGCUUGUUUAAUUGCAAUUGGAAAGAAUUAUUUGGAUAAAACGAGCUGAGUAGUUUUAUACUUUCACGUAAUAUAAGUGGAAUAUUUUACACCAAAAGAAUCAACUAAUUAGUAACGACCAAAUAAAUACACGAAUUUGUCUCCAUAGUCCAUACUAUUAUGUACUUUUCUGUCCCGUUGAUUUAAUGUUGCAAACUCAA